CUGAACAGCCAAGGGCUGUCGGGGACGAUCCCUCCGCAGCUGGGCGACAUCUCGCAGCUGGAGUACCUUAGUCUGAGCCGCAACUCCAUCUCGGGCACCAUCCCUCCGGAGACGAGCAAGCUCACGAAGCUGAAGAAUCUUUACCUGUACAGCAACUCCAUCUCGGGCACCAUCGCAGGCACGAUCUGCGACAACAGCGUGAGUCUGACCAACGAAGGGCUGUCGGGGACGAUCCCUCCGCAGCUGGGCGGCAUCUCUCAGCUGACGAGGCUUAGUCUGGGCAGCAACUCCAUCUCGGGCACUAUCCCUGCGGCUACGGGCGAGCUCUCGCAGCUGAAGUAUCUUCACCUGUACAGCAACUCCAUCUCGGGCACUAUCCCUUCGGAUACGGGCAAGCUCUCGCAGCUGGAUCACCUUUGGCUGAACGGCAACUCCAUCUCGGGCACCAUCCCUCCGGAGACGAGCAAGCUCUCGCAGCUGGAGUGGCUUGACCUGGCCAACAAUGUCAUCUCCGGAACCGUGCCGCCGCAGCUCAACAACCUGCCG